CCAUCUUCAUUCAGAAACAAAGCAAAGGAGGACAACAUGGAAACAAGAGCUGCCGCUGCUCAGCGUGUGUAUGAAGAUUUCGUCCCCUCACAUGAGUUGAUUCGAGAGGAAGGAGCCAAUACCCUCGUCGUCGACCUCCCAGAAUUUAACAAAGAGCAAAUCAGAGUUCAACUUGAUAACUUUGGGAAUCUGAGGAUUAGUGGGGAGCGUCCUCUUGCAGACAAUCGAUGGAGUCGAUUUCGCAAGAACUUCAAAAUCCCAGAGGAUUCCAAUGCUAGCGAGAUCCGAGCCAGGUUUGAGAAAGGGCGUCUCUAUGUGAAAUUAGCAAGGUUGAUCACUGAAGCCAGCGUGAAAGAUCAGCCUACACAAGUUCAGGAACCCAAGGAAAACCAGAAACCGAUAGGCGAGCCGAAACCGAGUACUGCUGAGCCAUAUGAUGUUCCGAAGAAACAACAAGAUGAAAAGAGACGCGGACCGACCUACAUGAAACAAGAUGCAAAGAAGGUGCGAAAGAAAGUGAAGGAUCAAACCGAAGAGAAGAAAGGUAAGGAGAAGUUUACAAGUGAAGAGGGUGAGAAAGGUGGUGCAAAGACUGAUGUCCCAAAGAAGAAGCAUGCAGCUCCCAGCAGUGGCCAAAAUAGGCUGGGGAAGUGGAAGCUUAAGGUAGGUGAAUUGGGCUUAGGCUUCUACAAGCCUAGGCAGCCCAUGGUUACUGUAACUGUGGCUGUUGUAGUCUUGGUAGGGGUGGGGUUGUACGUGAUCUACAAACUCAGGAGUCCCAUGGUGGAAGAUGGCCACUGAUCAGCUAACUAAGCUUUGCAUGUUUCCACUGGGACAUUGGAGGCAUUUGUGAUUUAUUAAAUAUAUAUGAUACCUGAAAAGAAAAUAAAGUGAUGAAUUGUUGGCAUUCUUUCUA